AUAACAUUUUGAUUUCGUUUCAUCGACCUUGGUUUCAAAGUCAAAUGUGAUCAAUAAUUGGUGAGACGUGGUUUGUAGGUUUGUACUUGCAUCAUUUAUUUUAAGAGUUGAGAUACCUUGGUAGUUAGAAUUAUUGUCGCUAAUCAACCCGUAGGAGGACGUUGACGGGCGGUGAAGGUUAGCGUACUAGUUAUUAAAGCCAUAAGGUAAAAUAAUACUUGGUUUACGAAAACUGAUUACCUCAAAGAACUAGGCAAGCAUAAUACUAGGUUUAUAAUAGUGCUUAUGGGGUUUUAGUUACAGUCAGAUUUGUAACCAGUACUGCGACACUAGGUGACAGGUUCGAAGCACAUAUUUACAAAUAAACCUUAUUGAUCACCACGUAACUCUAGUCAAGUAGUGCUUCCUUUCGGUUGCCACCAUCUGCUUAAUAUCUUCAUUCGCUGAAGCAAAUUGAGGUUCUUUGAUAUUUUAAAUCCAAAUUAGUUAUUAGCUGAACUGAAACAUUCUUAGAGUUCAGUCUUUGUUCACACAUGUGUAGUAACCUACUUUAAUCAAGAGAACGCGAUUAGUUUAAUAGAAACAAUUAUUGCUAUGACCAAUUAUACCAGUGAUUGUUUUACUGUACUUGCUUGUUUAACUGUACUAAAGACAUUCUUCCUUCCGUUGGUUGUGACGUUGCACGAAGUCGGUAUUCUUUCGAUACCACUAGAUCGCCAGCAAAUAUAUCUGGACUACAGCCAUCAACUGCCUUCUGAUAUUUGUUUUACGGGGGAUCUUAUCGGUUAAGCGGCACGUAGUCUUUCUGUAGACAUAGUCAACCGCGACUCGACAGCACACAACACAUGUAUGCGUACAUGGAUAUAAACAGCAAGAUGAUUAGUGAUAUUGUCUUCUCAUUCAGAAACACCUUUCAAGAUGUUGUAAUAUUCAUCCGAUUCAAGAAUGUCAACUACAUUUUUUUUAGUCAUAGAGACAAUGAAUUCUUUUUUUUGUUUGUUUAUUUUCUUCUCGUUAUUGAUUAAGUUUGUUUCUGUAGGCUAGAAUUGUGGAAUUUUUAAUUUUCAUUGGUUUAUUCACUCCACAAUCUUUUAUAGGGAUAAAUAAACAUAUAUUCCCAAUCAAUUUAAUUGGUCAAUUCUAUAAAAUAGACACAGGUAUAACCUGUCAUUUUUAUAUCUGUCUAGUCUACUAAUAAUUUUACAUACUUCUCUACUUGUGAAUCAAAUUUUCAUCCUAAUAGGAUAACUUUGUGGUUUAUUUGUAUUAGUAUAUGAUAUUAAACAUUAAAACACACAACUAUUUCUUGGUUCUAUAUAUGAUGAUAAAGUCUAUGACAAAACCCUUUUUUGAUAUUCACUUCCAAAUGAUAAAACGGAUCAUUUAUUCAAUGUAAUCAUAAUUUUUGUUUUUGUUUACUUGAUCCUAAUUGUAUACCUCAAAUUGUAUUCAAUGAUAAUUGAUUCCAAUUUAUUAUUAUUGAAAAUUAUUUCAUCCAUAUAUUACUUUAUUCAAUCAUUAUCAUCUUAUGCAUCAUUCCGAUCAACAUCGACGACGACAACGACAAUAUCGUCGUCCUUCUCCUCCUCAUCCUCCUCUUCAUCGUCAUCUUUCUCAUUUACUUAUUCAUUAUAUAUUCUAUUUUAUUUAUUGAAUAGAUUUCUAUUUCAAUAUCAAUAUGUCGAUGCAGUACAAGGAUGUAGUAUCUUUUAUCAAUUAGAUUUUAAAUGGAAAAAAGCAUUAUGUGAUUCUGAAUUAAAUAAACUUCAAGAAAUUCCAUUUGAUUUACCAAUAAAUUUAAUUGAAUUACGUAUUAUUCAUCAAUCAAUUAAAAAAAUUAAAAAAAAUUCAUCAUUAUAUUCAUUAAUUCAUUUAGAAUUAUUACAUAUUGAAUCAAGUGAAUUAAAAUAUAUUGAAUCGGAUACAUUUAAACAAUUAAUUUCAUUAAAAUCAAUUAAUUUACGUAAUAAUUCAUUAAGAUUAUGUAAUCAUUAUCACUAUGGUGAUGAAUGUUUCCCUAGUGAUAUAUUUCAUAAUUUACCUAAUUUAAUCUCAUUAAAUUUAGCUGAAAAUUUUAUUGAUUUUAUACCAGAUUCAUUUUUCAAUGGAUUACAACAUUAUAAUUUAAAAUUAAAAUAUUUAUGGUUAAAUUCAAUGAAAUCAAUAAAUGGUAUAAAAUUUGAAUCGAAUCAUUUUAUGAAACCAUUAAUACAAUUACGUUUAUUAGAUUUAAGUUAUACAGGUUUAUAUGAAUUAGAUUCAUUGAAUCAAAUAGCAUUGAAUAAAAUGAUUUAUUUAAAUGAAUUUUAUUUAGGUGGUAAUCCAUGGUUAUGUGAUUGUAAAUUAAAUUGGUUAAAAUUAUGGUUUUUAAAUCGAUUAUCAACCACUUCGUCAGUAAUAUCAAGCUCUUCAUCAGCAACAACAUCAACAUCAUCAUCAAAUAAGAUUCAAUAUCAACAAAAUAAAACGAAUUCCAAUGGUCAUAUUGAAUUGAUUGAACCAAUUUGUUAUAAACCAGAUCAAUUAAAAGGUAAAUUGAUAUUAACCAAUAAUCAAUUGAAUUCAUUACAAUUUCAUGAAUUAUAUUGUAUCCCGCAAAUAUUUACAUUGAAUCAAAAUCUUACCUUUUAUUAUCAUCAACAAAUGUUAUUAACAUGUGAAUAUUAUACUACUAAUAUAAAUGAUUUAUUAUGGUAUAAAAAUAAUCAACAAUUAUUUAAACAAAAUACAACACAUUAUUCUAUUAGUUAUGGUCAAUUAGGCGCGAAUUUUUAUUCAAAUUUAUUAAUCCCCUUGACAACGGAACAAGAUACUGGAUUAUGGAGUUGUGUAUUAAACAAUCAAUAUCGUACAUUAUUUCAUGUUACUAUAUUAAAUUCUAAUGGUGAAAUACUUUACCCUAACAACAAUGAUAAUGACAAUGAGAAUAAGGAUUCAUUUCUAUAUAAAGUAUUUACAUUAUUUGGUAAUAAUAAUAAUAAUAAUCAAAUCAAUCAUUGGAUAUAUGGUAGUAUUAUAAUCAUCAUAUUAUUUGUUAUUUUAAUAUUGAUUAGUAUAGGAAUAUUUUGUUGUUAUCAUUCACAAUCAUCAAGAUUAACUAAUAGAUCUAUAGAUGAAAUCAAUAUGAAGAAUUGUAUAUCGAUGAAUAAAUCAAGAUCUAUAUGUAGACGUCGAUUGAAAUGUAUCAAUGACAGUCACCAUCAUCAUCAUCAUCAUCAUAGUAACAAUAAAAAGAUCAAAGAUGAUUCAAUAAGUAGUCUAUUAGUAACAACAAAUGAUGAACAAAAAAUCAUUGAUAAAAAUGAAUUACAAUUAACAAACCAUAUGAAAGAGGAUACAAUUGUAACUUCUACCACAAUCAUAACAACGACUACUAUACCCAAUUCAAAUAUCCAUGUAAAUCAUGUAGAGAAUAAUGAUAUAUUAUCAAGUAGAAAUAUAGAUGAGAAUCGUUUAUUAAAUAUAUUUUGUUGUCCUACAAAUUCAACACGUGAUGUUCAAUUAGUAACUAUACCUACAACUAGUUCUUCAUCAACUAAUGUUACAUGUUUAGAUGGAUCAUUUCUACAAGGAACAGUUGUUACUGAUGAAAAUCAUGUACUAGUAUCUUGUGAUAGUCCAGAACCAAAAUUAUUCAUUGCUACAAAUGGAAUUACACCUUCUUCUAAUAUUUCUACAUUAGAUUUUUCUAAUUGCUUACAACAACAACAACAACCAUUGAAUGUUAUACCUCAACCAAGUUGUACUGGAUGGGAUACUAGUGGUAGUUAUUCAUCCCCACAAUUCCCUGGAAUUUAUACAUCUAGUCAAAUAACUAUUGAAACAUCAAAACCGUGUCCAGUACAUGGAAUUAUGAAUUUGAAACCGAUGGAAAUUAAUUGUGAUAUAACUACCAAUACUACUAUUGAUAGUAAUCAUGCAAAUGUUAAACAAUUGUCAAAUUAUAAAAAAAUCGAUUCACUGUAUUGGGAUCAUUCUAAUAGUUCAGCAAUUUUAACUAAUCCUCACUUAUCCUAUAACUUAUCAAAUUGUGUAUUUUUAGAUUCUCAAAAUUAUGGUACUAUUACCAAUGGUAGUAAUAGAAAUAGUGAUCCUCAAAAGAAUGAAAUAGAAGUUAUGCAAAAUUAUUCAAAAACUUUAUCCUCAUAUCAUAAUAUCAAGGAUUAUAGUUUAUUACAAAAAGCUAAGUUAAACGAAUCUAAUAUACAAUGGCCUACUGAUUCACGAUCUCAAGGAACCUGUCCAGUGCAUGGAAAUCAGACUUUAACACGAAGAAAUGAUCAAUUAAAACACACUGACAAGGAAGAUGUUACAUUAGGGAAUCGCAAAAAUUUAAAAAGAAAUCAUCGAAGUAAAUCUAUCAUUCGUGAACAAUCCAAUUAUCUCAUAGAUCAAUGUCACCAUGGAACGGUAGAUAAUCAAGAAGCAUCGAUUUCCUCUUCUAAUGAAACAAAUGAUAAUGAAGAAACCAAUAUUCAGUUAAACAGUGUUCAUAAUGACGGCUUAUCAAUAACUUCUAUCAAGCCAAAACAAAUCAUUUACACAUCAAAUGAGGAAACAGAAUCUCAAGGUGAAAGUUCUCUUUCUGAAAAAUCGUUACAUAGUGAUCAUUCAUGUACAUCUUCAGUUUCAUCUUCGACAAAUUCAACUUCCUCAAUAAAUCAACAUUUCAAAUAUAUUUAUCCAUCAAAUCAAACAGGACUUAAUUCAAUCUGUUCAUCCUUAUCAAAUCAAAUCAAUUUAGCAGCGGCGGCUGCUGCUGCUUCAACUAAUACUACUACUGAUCUAGUACAACAACAAUCUCCACCUUCAUUAGAGUUUUGUCCUUCUCCAGAAUUAUUAAGAAAUCGACCGAAUAGUACAAAUAGUUAUUCACUUCAUCGAAAUCAUUAUGAUAUAUUGAAUAAUUUGAAAUGUCCUGUACAUUCCUUAACAAUAAACCGUAGAUCAUUACCACAUAAACUAUUCUAUGAUGCUUAUAAUCACCGUGAAAAUAUGCGUCAACAUAAUUAUGAUCAUAAUAAUAACAUAGGUAUACUUCGAGUUACUACCUUACCAACACGAUUCAGGAAAGUCAGUUAUAAUAUUAAUGAUAAUAAUAAUAAUAAUCGUAGUAGUAGUAGUAGUAGUGGUAGUAGCAGUACUACUAAUGAUAAUAACAAUAGUAGUAUAAUUAAUCAUAUGGCUUCCAUUAGAAAAUUCGCUAGUCAACAUACUAUUCAAUCAAAUUAUUCAUCAUCUUUAUGUUUAUCUACUACACAAAGUUUAGAUAAAUUUAAUAAAUCUUUACAAAAAUCUAUUCUACGUCCCGGUUCUAAACAUAAAUUAGAUACAGAAAGUGAUUCCGAUAAUAAUAAUAAUAAUAAUAAUAAUAAUAAUACAUCAGAAGAAAAUAAUUUUUAAUUUUAUUGAUUGUUAUUGAUUAUUAUUUAAUAUGUACAAAGAAAAAAUGUAUUAGUAUCCGGGGUGGGGGAAAUUUCCGUAUAUAUAUAUACAUAUAUAUAGGGGAUUUCCCCCCCGGAUACUAAUAUAUAUAUAUAUAUAUAUAUAUAUAUAUAUAUAUAUAUAUAUAUAUGUAAAUGUUUAUGAUGUAAUUAAUAAUUGUCUUUUUUAAAAAAAAUUUGCCGCCACAUUUUAAAUUUCAUUCAUUAUUAUGUACUUAUUAUUGUAUUUAAACAAGGGGGGAUAUUGAUUUUUUUGUUUUUCUUCUUGUCAACAUUAGAUUAGAUUAAUUUUCAUAAUAUUCUUUCUAAAUAAUAAUAAUAAUAAUAAUAAUGAUAAUAAUAAUAAUAAUAGUAAUGUAUUGACAUGUGAACAGUCCAUACUACUUUUAUUGCAAAUCAGUAAACAACGAUUAAUAAAGAAGUUAUUUAUUAAAUAAACAAUUCUAUAAUUAGUAACUAUGUAAACACUUAAAACUAUUUUAAUGAAAUCAUGUACAUACAUUUUGUUUUUCUUUCUUUUAUUCUCUCUUUUAUGUUUGAUUAAAAAAGAAAGAAAAGAAAAAGAAAUGAAAAUAUACAUUUUGGAGAAUG